CAAGAAAGAACGUAGAAGAGAGUGAAAGUAAAAGGAAAGAAAAAGAGGCAUAGUAGCCUCCACCACACCACCACUCCCUUGGUUUGCUUUAUAAAGAAGCCAUAGAACUCAUUAGAACUUCCCCCUUUUCCCUCUCUCCCUCUCUCAACACUCCAUCAUCCUUGACACCUUCCAAUGGGGUUCUACGCUGAAGACCCUCUCUCUGGCUUGACACUAGGCCAAGCCAUAUACGAAGUAGCCCUCAUCAUAGCAGUUGUGAGAUGGGUCUUUUGCUUGGUCUUGAGACUGAUCAACGACAGAAGAACAACAAGCUCUGAUGACACCGCACAUGAGCCUUGUCCUAUGACAAGUUGCAAGGACAACACUCUUGUGUUGACAACCUUUGGCGAGAUCAUAGAGAGGCUGCCACAAACGGAGGACACGUGUGCCGUUUGCUUGAGCCAGUUCAACAAGGAGGAUGAGGUUAGGGAGCUCCUGAACUGUUACCAUGUGUUCCACAGAGAGUGCAUAGACAAAUGGUUGGAUCAUGAGCAUGAGAAUCACAACCCUACUUGUCCACUUUGUAGGGCUCCUUUGCUCACUUCAUGUUGCCAUCACAGCUCUGCCUCAUGUGUGCCUCCUCCUCAGCCUAGCUGGGCUGUGGAGAGACUUCUCUAUCUCUUUGGGGAUGAUCUCUUGCCUUGUUAGUUGUUUCAAGACUGUGCAGAAAUUAAGUAGCUUAGGGAAUUCAUUAUUUCUUGUGCUUUGUGGUGGUCAUCAUGAUCCUCAUAAAAUGACUCAACGGAAAUAAUCUUAUAUGUAUAUCAAUAGCCUUGUUGGUUGCUGCUACAAAAUAACUAGGACACAAACUAGCUUGGAGUUUGUGUGUGUAUAUACACAUAUAUUUCUCACAUUUGACUUAUAUUGCCUCUAUUCUGUUCAAUUCCUGAAUUUAAGGUUAUCUGUUUAUUGUAAAAGGAACAAAGGCUUCUUGUGCUAGUUUCUUUUGUUUGCCCCUCCAUUAUUGACAGUACCAUAGACUAGAAUUUAUUUUUGAAAAAAAAAACUUAGAUGGGGUUUAACAAGUGGUUUCAGGUUUGUUUUCAGAUCAAAUACGAGUUUUAUCUCUGAUGGGUUUCAUUAUUGAUAAGAAUUAGAGUUUCAUUU